AUGAUGGAAAAUACAAUAUUUUGUUUGUUCCAAGAUUUCUUGCAAAAACACUUGUUUUUCUAUCCUUUUACCAUUCCUUUUAUACUUUUUGUGCUACUUUUGUACAAGAGUACUAUUACUAUUUCAAGCAAUGGAAAAAACACACCAAAAUCACCACCAAAACUACCCAUAAUAGGGAACCUUCACCAACUAGGCAAAUUACCUCAUCGUUCCCUUCACUCAUUAUCCCAAAGAUAUGGGAAGCUAAUGUUGCUCCAUUUAGGUAGCAAACCAACCCUUAUUGUAUCAUCUUCAAAAUUUGCUCAAGAAAUCUUGAAAACUAAUGAUAUUAUGUUUUCAAAUAGAAUAAAUUCUUAUAUUUCUAGUAAAUUUUUCUAUGGUGGUAAAGAUAUGUCUUUUUCACCUUAUGGGGAUUAUUGGAAACAAAUUAGAAGUACAUGUGUCACUCAACUUUUAAGUAAUAAGAAAGUACAAUCAUUAAGAUCAAUUAGAGAAGAAGAAGUUGGUUUAAUGGUUAAAAAGAUUAAGAAUUCUUGUAAUUUAGUAGUUAAUUUAAGGGAGCUUAUUAUGAUUUUCACUAAUGAUGUUAUUUGUCUUGCAUGCUUUGGAAAAAAGUAUAGUCAUGAAAACAAUGAAGGAGGUAAAAAUUUCUAUAAGCUAUUGAAUGAUGCUAUGAAGUUGCUUGGGAAUUUUAGUUUGAGAGAUGUGAGUCCUUGGCUUGGUUGGAUUGAUAAACUCAAGGGUUUGGAUGAUGAAAUCAAAAGAGUUGCACAUGGGUUGGAUGAAAUUCUUGAUAAAGUCAUAGAAGAAACUCAAAACAAAAUGAGCUCUAGAGAAAACAUUCAUGGUGGUGAUGAUAAAGAGAUGAACUUUGUGGAGAUUUUGCUUGAAUUUCAUAAGAAGAACAAAGAUGUAUUUCAACUUGAUGGUAUCAAAGCCGUUAUAAUGGAUAUGUUUGUUGGUGGGACAGACACCACUUACACAUUAAUAGAAUGGACCAUGAUCGAGCUAAUUAGACAUCCCAAAGUCAUGAAACAAUUGCAACAAGAAGUUCGAGAAACCGUAGGAGGCAACGGUAAUAAAGUUAUUUGUGAAGAUGAUCUAGAGAAACUAACGUAUUUAAAAGCAGUGGUUAAGGAAUCACUUAGGCUACACCCACCAUUUCCUCUAAUCUUCCGAUGGACAUCACAAAAUGUCAAGGUAAAUGGUUUGGAUGUCGUUGCAGGAACACAAGUUAUCGUGAAUUCAUGGGCAAUUCAAAGGGAUCCCAGUAUUUGGGAAGAACCCAAAGAAUUUCGUCCCGAGAGAUUCCUAAACAAUAAUACAUAUGAUUCAAAGGGUCAAAAUUUUCACAAUAUUCCUUUUGGUGGCGGGAGAAGAAUUUGUCCUGCGAUAUCAUUCGGUGUUAUUAAAGCCGAGUUAGUGAUUGCGACUCUUAUUUAUGAGUUUGAUUGGGAAUUACCAAGCGGAAGUUCAAUAGACAUGACCGAAAUCAAUGGUUUAGCCGUUCAAACACGAGAUCCUCCUAUGCUUAUUGCCACUCCCUUCGUAAGCGGUUGA